UUUUUACGUGUCAAGGGCGAAUGUUUUGUAUAUAUAAAGGAACAUUAGUCCUAAGUUUUUUCAGUAGUUCGUUCAAAUACAAACAGCAACAAACUUUUCCAGUGUUUCACUUUUAAACGCAACGGUAUUACAAUGUCGAGCGUACUCUUCUUUGUCGCAUUAACCGGUAGUUUCCUGCUGGCGACAAAUGCCGCACAAUCCCCAUGGAGCAGCUUAACAGGCGGAGCACCAAGUGAUGACCCAUUCAAUGUCGGUGACGCGCUGACGAAUGUGAACACACAAGUCAACUCGUUACUGGAUCACGCCCGCAGCGACCGUGUCAAGCGCUACGCCUCGUCCGACUGCCGCGACAUCAUCUCGGCGUCCGUUGUGGCGUACAAGCCCUGCUACCGCAUCGUAAUGGCCGGUUACACCAGCAGCAAAUGCCGCGAGACGCGUGGCUACGUGUACGUGGGACUGGCGGCCUGUCUGGAUGACGUCAGCGGAACCGACCGCAGCAACCUCUUCACCGUCUACGAAGCCUGGAAGAGCCUGGACUUGUAAAUGCUGCCGGCAUCCGCAAAUACAGCAUACUCACUGGUGGCGGUUUUUGUCGGCAAUAACGUACAAAGAUUUAUCAUGUAGCGCUUAAUUAGGUUCGCGUGGUGUAUGGUGUUUAUUUAGCUGUCACGAGUGACGGUUGUUUCUGGGGUGAUGAAUAACUGGAACGGACAGAAUAUACAGUCUCCCAAUAUUCCUCAACAAUAAAAAAAUUUAACAACUGAA